AUGUCAGACCAGUGUCAGAUUUCGAUGAGUCAAAUUGACGAGGCUCAAUUUCUUCUCCGAGUCAAACCCGGUGACUAUUACGUCUUUGGAGGUCAACUUUUCGCAAACCAGAAGAUUCCAUUAUCAAGAAGUGAUCUGGAUUCGAAAGCUUUCGGGCUGAUGCCUGUUCUUGUGAAAUAUGGUGGCAAGGGAGUUUUCGAGUUUUCGCUCGCUUUCUUUGGGUGCCUACCUGUUGCGGAAGACUCAAUAGGAAUCUCAGGUUGCCGGAAUUGUAGCGAGUUAAAUGAAUUAUAA